AUGGUGAAGUCAAUGGAGUCCCAAAAUUACGGUACUGCCGUGGACGAGAGCUUACCACUUUAUUCAAAAAUCAAGUCAGUGUUCUGGGGUAAGCCUCCUAGAGAUCCUAAGGAGCGAAGAUUAUUACUGAAGAUCGAUUGUUUUGUGCUAUCGUAUGUCUGUCUUAGCUAUUGGAUUAACUACGUUGACAGGACAAACCUUUCGAAUGCCUAUGUCUCGGGAAUGAAGGAAUCACUAAAUAUGACAGGAAAUGAUUUUAAUGUGAUCAACACAUGCUUUACAGUUGGUUACAUAGUGGGUAUGAUUCCUAACAACCUGAUGCUGCUGCUAGUUCCACCUCGAUACUGGUUGACAUUUUGUGCAGUUGCUUGGGGUUUUCUUACAUUGGGCAUUUAUCGAGUAAACUCAUACCAACAAGUUUGCGCGAUAAGGUUCUUCCAAGCUAUUUUCGAAAGCGCUACCUUCUCUGGGACGCAUUUGAUUCUGGGAUCAUGGUACAAGGAGGAGGAGAUUAACACGCGAAGUGCCACCUUUACGAGCAGCGGCCUCAUUGGGUCACUAUUCUCGGGGUUCAUGCAAAGCGCAAUCUAUACAAACAUGGAUGGUAAGAGUGGUUUAGAAGGAUGGAGAUGGCUGUUCAUCAUUGAUUUUAUCAUCACCAUACCAAUAGCUUUAUAUGGGUUCAUGUGCUUCCCAGGCUCCCCAGAUAAAAUAAAAUCUAGCUGGAUAUUUUCUGAAGAGGACCUAAAAAUGGCUAAAGACAGACUGCCUCCCUCACCCAAAACUAAGUUGGAUUUAAGUGUCAUCAGAAGGGUCGUUGGGAGAUGGCAUUGGUGGUUGUUUAGCUUGCUAUGGGUGAUGGGAGGUGAAAACGAGUCGUUUGGAUCUAAUUCUUUAUUUGCCCUUUGGUUAGCGUCAAAGAAUUACAAUGUACCGCAGAGAAACCAUUACCCAAUGGGCAUUUUUGGAGUUGGUGUAGCUGCCACAUUUGCCUGUGCUCUGUAUGUUGAUCACACGGGUGGCAGAACCCACUGGCACGUAGCAAUUAUUAUUGCGGCAGCGAUGCUUUUGUCCUCUAUAAUGGUGCUUGCCAAUCCACUGAAGGACGCGGUUAUGUUUGCUGCUCAAUACAUAGCUGGAAUAUCGUUUGCCGGUCAAGCAAUUUUCUUUGCUUGGGCCAAUUUGGUAUGUCGGGCAGACCUUCAAGAACGAGCAGUUGUCCUGGCUUCAAUGAAUAUGUUUUCCGGGGCUGUAAAUGCUUGGUGGUCAUUGUUAUUUUACUCUGCAGAUACCGUCCCAAAAUUUAGAAAAGGCUGCUACGCAAUGAUAGCGACAACGAUAACUUCGGCUGUUAUAGCCAUUUUGAUCAGGUUUUUGCAAGUCAAAGACGAUCAGAGAUUUCCUAGUGAAAGAGGCAAGGUAGCUUUCCGUGAUGAUACAAGCAAUUUAGACAGCGGGGGUUCUGUCAAAGACGUUAUUACUUCUAAGGUCGAAAACUUCAGUUGA